AUGGAGGAACCUCAGAGUCUUCGGUCUUUAUUCACAUCGGCAAAGGAUGACAAGACAUCCUUGGAAUCCCGCGGAGAUACCAACACAGAAACUUAUCGUGACCUGGUCAAUGCGACGAUCACCAAAUUCCGAGAAUGCCAGCGACAAGUCGGUAUCGUGUCGCUAUUCAGUUCCAACGAAUCGCUUGAUGAUCUGUCGACCGGAGAUAUCCAAUACAUGACCCUCGAAUAUCACCUUGCUGAACUGACCCAACGCGCCGCCACAUCCGAUCGCGAAGCUGUUCUGCGCCAAGCUCUGGAGCAAUAUGAGAGAUUUCUUACACGCCUGGAUGAAUACGAACUGCUGUCAGGAGGGGACAAGAGACUCUUUGUGCAAUAUAUGGCCAAUCCGACUACAUUCACUCUAGCACCUACCAGUGAUGCGGCUGCCAGACGAGACAUUAAAGUGAGACGUUUCAGGGAAGAAAAGGAGCUAAAGCAAAAGCUGGAGUAUCUAUCCCGCAAUGAAGCAAGCCUACAAAGCGACGAUGACGAUACGCGGAGACUCUAUCUGGCCGAACUUCAACUUUAUACCCACCAGACAUUCCAAGCACUGGACCUUUUGAUGCAGGAGCUAGAGAUGCUCUCGAUGAUGCGGAACGCACCGCCGCCUAUUCAAGCACCGCCAGAUGACCCGAGACAACGGAGUAGCCUAGGAGGAGCCAAUUACUCAGACCGCGUGGACCCGUCCUUAUCGCAAUUGCUGAACGGCGGACGAAAUGGCCCGAUCCUCAACAACAGGGGAAAGCCAAUGCAACCAUUCACGCUGUUGGACCGUCGCCAACAACUCCAACAAGGAGUCUUCCGUUCAGGCCAUAACCUUCCGACUAUGACAAUCGAUGAGUACCUCGACGAGGAGAAGCGGAGAGGCAAUGUUGUUCAAGGUGGAGAGCAAUCUGGUAUCAUUGCGGAAAUUGACCAGGAUGAUCAUGACGCGGUGGAUAAGGAGACGAUGAAGGCCCGGAAUUGGGAUGAAUAUGUCGAAGCCAAUCCCAAGGGAUCGGGUAACACCCUGAACCGAGGCUAG